AUGGGUUUCUGGCUGAAGUACGAAAGUUGCUUUAGGACAAGUUUGUUCGGAGAGACGCACGUGUUCUUGUCGACGACUGAGUCAGCUCGGGCUGUUUUAAAUAACGAGUCAGGGAUGUUCACGAAACGGUACAUAAAGUCCAUAGCUGCGCUUGUGGGUGACCGGAGCCUUCUUUGUGCUUCUCAACACCAUCACAAGAUUCUCCGUAGCCGUUUUAUCAACUUAUUCUCUAAAAAAUCGACGGCUCUGAUGGUUAGACAGUUUGAUGAACUUGUCGUUGACGCGCUUAGUGGAUGGGAGCACCGUGGUACAGUGGUCUUGCUCACAGAUUUGCUCCAGAUAACAUUCAAAGCAAUGUGUAAGAUGUUAAUAAGUCUAGAAAGCGAAGAAGAAUUGGGUUCAUUGCAAAGGGAUGUUGGCUUUGUUUGUGAAGCCAUGCUCGCUUUUCCUCUCAAUUUACCCUGGACUAGAUUUCACGAGGGUAUCAUGGCAAGAGGAAGAGUUAUGGAGGUGUUAGAAAAGAUAAUUAGAGACCGGAGAAAUGAAACAAAUAGUCAUAAUAAUAAUAAUCAUGAAGAUUUUCUGCAUCAGCUUCUUGCAGUAGAUAGCGACGUGUCACACGGCUCUGCUUCGUCUUCUGAUCAUUAUACUAAGUUGACUGAUGCUGAGAUUAAGGACAAUAUUUUGACCAUGAUCAUUGCAGGGCAGGACACGACGGCUAGUGCUUUAACGUGGAUGGUUAAGUACCUCGGUGAAAAUCAGAAGGUUUUGAAUAUUCUGAUUGAAGAACAAACUCAGGUUGCUAAGCAGGCAUCAGAUAAACCAUUUCUCGAACUAGAUGAUCUCACUGAAAUGACAUAUGCCUCAAAGAUGGUGAAAGAAUCUCUGAGAAUGGCGUCUGUUGUGCCUUGGUUCCCAAGACUAGUACUUCAAGACUGUGAAAUGGAAGGAUACAAGAUUAAUAAAGGAUGGAAUAUAAACAUUGACGCUAGAUCCAUUCAUCUUGAUCCUAACGUAUAUAGUGAACCUCACAAGUUCAACCCUUCAAGGUUUGACGAGGAAGCGAAAGCGAACAGUUUCUUACCAUUUGGUAUGGGAGGAAGAACAUGUCUUGGACUUAAUAUGGCCAAAGCCAUGAUGGUAGUUUUUCUCCACCGUUUUAUAACCACUCACAGAUGGGAGGUGGUAGAUGGAGAUCCAAGCAUCGAGAAGUGGACAUUAUUUGCCAGAUUGAAGAGUGGAUAUCCGAUUCGUGUGUCACGUAGAAUGUAA